GCUGGGCGGACCUAGGAUGGCGAACCUGCCCAUGGCAUCGUCGGCAGCAGGGAGUGGGCGACCGAUAUCGAUGAUGCAGGAUAUCACGCCCGGAGCAUCUCCGAACCAAGGGCAGGCGCAUGUGCGGUAUUAGAUAAUGGCAUGAUAAACCCUUUACCUUGUCUAUAUUCUGGGCUAUGCUGGCUGUUGUUGUUCUGUUCUAUCAUCAUUUUGUUUCGUCGUCUUCUUUAUUUGCAAGCGUUCGUUCAUGUACUUUACCAUCCAUCCUACUUCACCCUAUCUUUUUGUCCUUCCUUCGCUUCAUGCGUCUGUUGUUUCGCUGUUUGUGUUUGUGUUUGUGUUUGUGUUUGUGUUUUUUUUUUUUUUUUUUUUUUUUUUGGUCAGGCAGCUCUGUUGUUCUUUUAUCGUACUAAAAAUGAAAGAAAGAAGGCGCUCGCUUUGCUUGUCAAUCUCUUCUCCGGCGUAUCCACCCAUCUAUUUAUCUGUGUAAGAGGAAUCUAUUGUUUAAUUAAGGCGGUGCCCAUGUCACUCCGCGGACUACACCCCGAGCGUGUUGUUGGAGUGCGUUUGUGCACCCUUUCUCCAAAUGUUCAAAUGAAGCAGGACCAAGUGCACGAUGUUGAUUGAUCACAAGGAAAUCAACAAACCUCUCCAUGGGCGUCAAUGCUAGUAUGGUGUGAUAUGGUGGGUAUUGCGUACUAUCGCCCUCGCCCUUUUUUUUUUUUUUUUUUUUUUUUUU